AUUGAGGAUGAGAGAGAGAGAGGGGGUAGAGAGAGAGAGCGAGAGGGUGAGGGAGUGGGAGUGUUGUGUGAAAGGAGUGCAGGCCAACGAGGGAGACAAAAGAGGCUGCGGCUGCAUUCAAUGUGCUGCUGUUGUGUUGUGUUGUGUGUCCGUCUGCGAGCCGCUCCUCCUCUUCGCCAAGAAAGAGAAAGAGCGAGAAAGAGAGAGAGAGAGCGAGCGAGGGAGAGCGAGGCCACCCGAUAUCGCACAAGCUGCCGGACCUAUCAUCAAGUUUUCGGAGACUUGAGUGGAGAGGGACCCCGCGUGGAAGGCUUCCAAGCAGGACCUUGCUCCUCCUGCCCCGGCCCUCACGCGUCGAGAGCGGCGCGGCGGCGCACCGAGAGAGCCGCGGUAGGCAGAACAAAGGAAAAGUGAGGAAUGAGAGAGCCCUAAGAACAGCUUCUGUGCCAAAUGUCCCACUAAAAAAAAGAAGAAGAAGAAAGAUCCCCUCCUCGUAAUCCUCGACGCAGCUUUUCCGUCUCGCCGAGAGGGACAAGAAGGACAAUAACCGUACGGAGACGCACGUUUGGCGGGCAGAAUGUUCCCUCAAAACCGAACACCGGCACCUCUCCAGCCUCCCCCGGGGUCUUCGGCCUCCGUGGUGGCAGCGGCGGCCGCGGCAGCCGCGGCGUCGGGGACCCCCCAGUCGCUCAAGCUGACGUACCCCGAGACUCUGGACCGCAUCAAGGAGGAGUUCCAGUUCCUGCAGACCCAGUACCACAGUUUGAAGUUGGAAUGUGAGAAACUGGCCACCGAGAAGACGGAGAUCCAGAGACACUACGUUAUGUAUUACGAGAUGUCCUACGGCCUGAACAUCGAAAUGCACAAACAGACGGAGAUUGCCAAACGGCUAAAUGUGAUCUGUGCUCAACUCAUCCCAUUCCUGUCACAGGAGCACCAGCAACAGGUGGUCCAAGCUAUGGAGCGCGCCAAACAGGUGACCAUGGGGGAGUUAAAUGCUUCCAUAGGGGUACGUGGGCUCCCCCCUCUGCCUCAUAGCCAGCAACUUCAGGCUCAGCACCUCUCGCAGCACGCGCAGGGUCUCCCGAUGGGCCCGCACCCGUCGGGACUGCCCCACCCGGGCCUGGCGCUGGGCGGGGGCUCCGGGCUGCUGGCCCUGUCGGGGGCUCUGGGGGCUCAGCUGGCCGCCAAGGACGAGAGGGCUCACCUGGAGGCCGUUGCUGCCGCCGCCGCGGCCGCCGAGCAUCACAGAGAUCGGGAUGCAGGCCCGAGCUCUCUGUCCAACGGGGACAAAGGUCGCCCCGCAGACUACCUCAGCAACGGCAAGAAGAGGAAAGCUGACGAGAAGGAGUUCAUGACGGACUAUGGCAGCGAUGCAGAUAAAAGCGAUGACAACUUGGUGGUUGACGAGGACCCGUCGUCGCCCCGCAGCGUGCAGUCCUACUCCUCCAGGGAGAACGGCUUGGACAAGAUGGCGCCCUCCCGCAAGGAAGGCCCCCCGCAGGCUAGCCCCACCUCGCUGGCGUCCUCCAGCAGCGCCGCGUCACCGUCGCGCGGCAAGGAGUCUGCGCAACGAGAGAAGUCCAGCACUCCGGGUAUGAAGCCAGGCACGCCAAUGUCGCAAGAGUCCAAUACCCCGGGACCGAGUGGACCGCCACAAUUCAGGCCCAUGCCUGGCAAGCCUGGUGUCGACACGCUAGCUCUGGGUCUGAGGAACCCCUUGGUCGUGCAGGGAGCGUACCCCCCGGGGGCUUUCGGCCUGCCCCCUCCCGGCGUCAACGGGGACCUGCCCGUGGCGGCAGCCUAUGGCGCCGGCCUCCACCUGGUUUCACCGCAGAUGAACGGCGCGGCGGCAGCUGCUGCAGCGGCGGCGGGCUACGGGCGCUCCCCAGUGGUGGGUUAUGAGUCUCCACACCCACACAUGAGAGUGCCCGGCUUACCCGCCAGCCUGCAGUCAGCUGCAUCUGGCAAACCGGCUUAUUCGUUCCACGUGAGCGCAGACGGUCAGAUGCAGCCGGUGCCCUUUCCUCCCGACGCGCUGCUGGGCCCGGGCGUCCCUCGCCACGCGCGGCAGAUCCACAGCCUGAGCCACGGCGAGGUGGUGUGCGCCGUCACCAUCAGCACCUCCACGCGCCACGUCUACACGGGCGGCAAAGGCUGCGUCAAGGUCUGGGACAUCAGCCAGCCGGGCAGCAAGAGUCCCAUGGCCCAGCUCGACUGCCUGAACCGUGACAACUACAUCCGCUCUUGCAAGCUGCUGUCGGACGGGCGCACGCUGAUCGUGGGCGGUGAGGCCAGCACGCUGUCCAUCUGGGACUUGGCCACGCCCACCCCUCGUAUCAAAGCCGAGCUGACGUCGUCGGCGCCGGCCUGCUACGCGCUGGCCAUCUCGCCCGACAACAAGGUGUGCUUCUCCUGCUGCAGUGACGGGAACAUUGUCGUCUGGGACCUGCACAACCAGACGCUCGUCAGACAGUUCCAGGGCCACACGGACGGAGCGAGCUGCAUCGACAUCUCCAACGACGGCACCAAGCUGUGGACGGGAGGACUGGACAACACGGUGCGCUGCUGGGACCUGAGGGAGGGACGCCAGCUGCAGCAGCACGACUUCACCUCACAGAUCUUCUCGCUGGGUUACUGUCCGACGGGCGAGUGGCUGGCGGUGGGGAUGGAGAGCAGCAACGUGGAAGUCCUGCACGUGUCCAAGCCCGACAAGUACCAGCUGCACCUUCACGAGAGCUGCGUGCUCUCCCUUAAGUUCGCCUACUGCGGUAAAUGGUUUGUGAGCACAGGCAAAGACAACCUGCUGAACGCGUGGCGGACACCUUACGGGUCCAGCAUAUUCCAGUCCAAGGAGUCAUCAUCCGUGCUGAGCUGUGACAUCUCUCCCGACGAUCAGUUCAUCGUGACGGGCUCGGGGGACAAGAAGGCCACCGUGUACGAAGUCAUCUACUGAAUUAGGUCAACACUGCGCCUUUGGAAAACACUCAACUACUUUUUUUGGACCAGUAAAGACUCCAAACUGUUUUUUAGAUGAGCGUGUGGGAUUCUUCCAAAGAUGUUUUUUUUUUUUUUUCUCCCUUCUUCUUCUUAACAAAAUCAAACCUCUGUAGUGGACAAGACAUUAGCAACAUAACAUAUUUUUUUAGCAUCUUUGUUUUUUAAACCUUGUGGACCACAGGGAAACAGGACAAAAGGCAUCAUGUGAAGGCGCUUUGGAGUUCAGCCUGCUUCGGACCAGCCUGGUCCACUUGGGUGCGGUUAUGGCUGCACUUUUCUCUUUUUUUUUUUUUUUUUUUUGCUUGGGCAGUAAACCUGAUUGUAUGAUCUCCAAAAGACACAACCUGUGUCAUCAAGAGUUGCUGUUUGGUGUGUUUUUUUGUUUGUUUUAUUCUUAAGAAAACAUGACUCAGCAGUUUUUCCAGAGUAACUUUUGCUGCUUCAUGUUCAAGGUUACUUAUUGUGUUAGCUGGCUUCUAAAUGGAUGUAAAUAAAGUUCUCUAAAGGCAA